AUGGGUAGCGCUACAAUUACAGAUCAAGAAAGAUCUCAAGUUGCAUUUGUUGCUGGUAGCAGCACAGAUGUUCAUUCAACAACAGUUGCUCGUCUCUAUGAAGGUAGACAAGGAAGAUGGGAUUUUAUGGCUGUUGGUAUUGUUUCACUCGUUUCAAACCGUGUAGACAAAACUAAUUUUAUUAAAAUGUUUGAUUUAAAGGCAAACUAUAGAAUUAUUUUCGAACAGGAAAUUUAUGAUUCAUUUGAUUAUCAAAAACAUAAAGAAUUCUUUUUUACUUUUGAAGGUGAUUCAGCUGUCUAUGGUUUAUCAUUCGCUGAUGUUACUGAAGCUGCUGAGUUUUAUGGUCAAUUAUUAAAUUGUAAACAAGGUAAUAUCGGUAAAACCGCUGCUGUUAAUCCAAAUGUUAGUUCAGGUAAAUUAACAACACCAACAGCAAGUGCUAAAGCUGAUAAGAAGAAAGAAAAGAAAGGUUUUAUGGCUAAAUUCUUCUCUUCUGAAACUGAAAAAGAAUUAGAAAUUUCAGCACCAACCAACUUCAAACAUGAAAGUCAUAUUGGUUGGGAUCCAGAGAAUGGUUUCGAUAUUAAAAACAUUCCACCUGAUUGGCGUAAACUUUUCCAAUCUGCUGGUAUUAAGAAGAGUGAAUUAAAGAAUGCAGAAACUGCCAAAUUUAUUGUCGACAUUAUUGGUGAACAAAUGGUAGGUGCUGCCCCACCAGUUCCUGCUCAACCAGGACGUUCUGCUCCACCACCACCAGCCCCAGUUGCUUCUCAACCAGGUCGUUCUGCUCCACCACCACCACCAGCUCCAGGCAAAUCCGCUCCACCACCACCUCCACCACCACAACAUCAUCAUCAAUCACCACCACCAUCAACACCAGGUGCUCCACCACCACCUCCACCACCACCAGCUCCAGGUGCUCCACCACCACCACCACCACCAGCAUUCGGUUCAUCAACCACUACUACUGCCACUUCUAAUGGUGGCAGUGGUGGUCGUGCCGAUCUUCUUGCCUCAAUUCGUUCAGGUACAAGUCUUAAAACUGUUGACAAAUCACAACCACUUCCAGAUAUCCAAAGUCUUGGAAAUGAAGGUAAUCGUUCAUUAGUCGAUACUCUUGCAGCUGCUAUGGCCAAUCGUAGAGGUAAUAUGAGAGAAGAUGAAAGUGAUGAUGAAGAUGAUGAAGAAUGGUCAGAUUAUUAA